CCCUCCCUCCCUCCCUCCCUCCGGCCACCUCCUCCCCUCUCCUGCUCCUCUCCCCUUUCACCCCAUCCCUGUCCCGGCUCUGCAACCAUGAGGGUCUUGCCCUGCCUCCUUGUGGCUCUGAUGGGGAUCCAGGCUGUUGAGCGGCUGCGUCUGGCCGACGGCCCCCAUGGGUGCGCGGGCCGCCUGGAGGUGUGGCACGGCGGGCGCUGGGGCACCGUGUGCGAUGAUGGCUGGGACCUGCGGGACGCCGCCGUGGCCUGCCGCGAGCUGGGCUGCGGGGGUGCGCUGGCCGCCCCUGGAGGCGCCUUCUUCGGGGAGGGCGCGGGGCCCGUGUGGCUGAGCGAGCUGGCCUGCCGGGGGGGCGAGCGGCAGCUGGGCCUCUGCCCCCACCGCGGCUGGAAGGCCCACAUCUGCUCCCACGAGGAGGACGCGGGCGUCGUCUGUGCGGGUCAGCGUGUGUCGGACUCCAGGGAUCGGGACGACUCACCUUCAGUCCUGGAUGGGGACCCCUGGCCGGGGCUGUCUGGGGAGCUGAGCCCUGGCUCUGAGGAGCCCCCGGUGACGCCUGCCCCCCGCUCAGCCGGGACCCUCCAGGGCGGCUCCCGGAAGAAGAUCCCCCGGCCGCCCAAGCCGGCCAAGUCCACUAGGGCCCCUUUGCUGACUGCCGGAGCCCCCCGCCAGGAGCGGCUGCGCCUGGUCUCCGGCCCCCACGGCUGCGCGGGCCGCCUGGAGGUGUGGCACGGCGGGCGCUGGGGCACCGUGUGCGACGACGGCUGGGACCUGCGGGACGCCGCCGUGGCCUGCCGCGAGCUGGGCUGCGGGGGCGUGCUGGCCGCCCCCGGGGGGGCCCGGUUCGGCCCGGGCGCGGGGCCCGUGUGGAUGGACGACGUGGGGUGCGGAGGCGGAGAGCAGGCCCUGCGGGACUGUCCCCGAAGCCCCUGGGGCCGCAGCAACUGUGACCACAGCGAGGACGCAGGACUGGUCUGCACCGGCCCAGCCCCCCGGCUGCGUCUGGCCGAUGGCCCCCACGGAUGUGCGGGCCGGCUGGAGGUGUGGCACGGCGGGCGCUGGGGGUCGGUGUGUGACGAUGGCUGGGACCUGCGGGACGCUGCCGUAGCCUGCCGCGAGCUGGGCUGCGGGGGUGCUCUGGCCGCCCCCGGAGGCGCCUUCUUUGGGGAGGGGGCCGGACCCAUCCUGCUGGAUGAUCUUCGCUGCCGGGGAAAUGAGACGGCCUUGCGCUUCUGCCCAGCUCGGCCCUGGGGCCAGCAUGACUGUCAUCACCGGGAGGACGCUGGGGCCGUGUGUGAUGGUAUGCCUCUCGGAUAUGUCCCUCCCACGGCCCCCGUGGUGGACAGCAGCAGCUCCAGGCCCAGGGAGGCUGCAUCCAGGCCCCCGACCCGCACGGUGAGCCAGGCCCCGUGGACAGCAGGCAUCUCACCUCCGCCGGCCUCCCCUACUGCCCCUCGGGAGCCCGGGCCAGAGGCUGGGUCCCCCCAGCUGCGCCUGGUGGCCGGGCCCAGCAGGUGCUCAGGCCGGCUGGAGGUGUGGCACGGCGGGCGCUGGGGGACCGUGUGUGACGACAGCUGGGACCUGCGGGACUCGGCUGUGGUCUGCCGGGAGCUGGGCUGCGGGGGACCUUGGCAGCCAGACCCUGCUGCCGGCCGCUUCGGCUGGGGCGCCGGCCCCAUCUGGCUGGACGACGUGAGGUGUACGGGGACCGAGGCCUCCCUGGCCGACUGCCCCGCCGCUCCGUGGGGGAAGCACAACUGUGCUCACAAUGAGGACGUUGGAGUCACCUGCACUGGAACCCCCGGCCUGGACUCCAUCUCAGACCCCUUCAGUUGGAGCUGGAUCCCUGGCCUGGGUAGAGACCCGGACGCCUGGCUCCCAGGUGAGCUGGCCACCAAGCCCUCUGUGAGGCGGACCCCCAGCGCUCCUGAGAAAACCACUGCCAAGACCCCAGGGAAGAUGCCCAAAAGCACAAAGAAGUGGGUGACCAAAAACGCAAAGAGACCGACCACUCAGCCCCCCGUGAUGCCAACCACUAAGCACUCCAGGGCCCUGGGCACCCAGAGUCCCCCAGAACUGACCUCACGGGCAACCACCACCCUGACCACGGAGGCCUCCCGAAGACUGACCUCCGAGUCUACCACCAGGCUGACCACGGAGGCCCCUCACAGACGGACCUCACACACCACAGCAACGCGGACGCCCCGGCCCCCCCGGGAACGGACCCCUAAGACCCUGGCAACGCCGACCACCCAGGGUCCCCGAGCAGUGACCUCUGAGGCCACCAGGGAGCCAUCGGCCGAGAUCCCAGGAGAAGGCUCUCCAGAGUCAUCCAGAGACCCACCCCCCUCCCCCACUGGGGGAUCAGGCCUAUUCCGGGUCCGCCUCGCGGAUGGGCCCAACCGGUGUGCCGGGCGGCUGGAGGUGUGGCACGCCGGACGCUGGGGGACCGUGUGUGAUGACGGCUGGGACCUGCGGGAUGGCAUGGUGGCCUGCUGGGAGCUGGGCUGCGGUAGGGUCCGGCCCCGCGUGGGCAAAACCCACUAUGGCCCCGGCACCGGGCCCAUCUGGCUGGAUGACGUGGGCUGCAAGGGCAGCGAGGCCUCGCUGAGUGACUGCCCCGCAGGGCCGUGGGGACAGCACAACUGCGACCACGAGGAGGACGUGGGGCUCACCUGCACUGGCUACGCAGACGAGGAGGACUAUCCCCCCUGGACCUGGGACCCCACCUCGGGAGAGGACCUGGCCAAGGGGACCACCGCUGCAGCGGUGCCUGCACGCACUGUCUCCUGGGGCACCACUGGGAGCCCAGGAGCUCCCUCCCCAGCAACGAGGUGCCUUCCGAGCACAGGUGAUAAGGAUGGUUAUGAGCCUUCCUGGACGUGGGACACACCUUCAGGAGGGGUCCCAGCCAAGGGGACCCCCACCGCAGCCAUACCUGGACCCCCUGGCACCACUGGCACCACCAGGAGCCCAGGCCAUACCUCUCUAGCUCCAAGGGUCCAUGGGGACACAGGUUCCCUGAGGAGACGUUGGCCCGAGCGCCGGCCGCGGCCCACCGCCGCACGGACGGCGCCCCCCGCCCCUUCCCCAGCUCCCUCCGCCUCGCCGGGACCCCCGGGCCCGCUGCUGACCUCGGGCUCCGCGCCGCAGCUCACCCCCACCGCAGCGUCCCCGCGAGAGGCGACCUCUGACCUUCCCGCCACCUCGCCGCCCGGCCCAGACCCGGCCUCCCGGACGGACUCUCACCGCGCCUGGACGGCCCCUGGCGGUACCGCGGCCGCCCCUGGUGCCGCCGCGGGCCCGGCGCCCAGCCCUGGGCUUUCACCCGCACCGCCGCCCAGCACGCCCGCGGACCUGGCCUCUGACCCCGCUGCCCCUGCGGCGGUGACGCGCCCUCCCCCCGCCUCAGAGCCCACACCGGGGCCCGGCCCAGCCUCUCCGUCCCCCAGCACGCGUCCAGAGCCGCCUAGUCCCCCAGGCCCCUCCACAAGCCCCCACGCCGCUGCCCUCCCUCACUCCACCGCGACCCCCCACCCUACCGCGACCUCUCACCCCACCACGACCCCUCACCGCACCCCCGGCCCUCGUUCUACCUCAGCUCCUCACCCCACCACGACCCCUCCUCCCGUCACCACCGCUCAGCCCAUCACAACCCCUUACCCCACCUCGACCCCUUACCCAGCUACGACCCCUCAACCCACCACGACCCCUCACCCAGCUACGACCCCUCAACCCACCACGACCCCUUACCCAGCUAUGACCCCUCAACCCACCUCGACCCCUUACCCAGCUACGACCCCUCAACCCACCUCGACCCCUUACCCAGCUACGACCCCUCAACCCACCACGACCCCUUACCCAGCUACGACCCCUCAAGCCACCACGACCCCUUACCCAGCUACGACCCCUCAACCCACCACGACCCCUUGCCCAGCUACGACCCCUCAACCCACCACGACCCCUUACCCAGCUACGACCCCUCAACCCACCACGACCCCUCAACCCACCACAACCCCUCAACCCACCACGACCCCUCAACCCACCACGACCCCUUACCCAGCUACGACCCCUCAACCCACCACAACCCCUCACCCCAUCACCACCCAUUACCCAACCACGACCCCUCAACCUACCACGACCCAUCAACCCACCAUGACCCCUUACCCAGCUACAACCCCUCAACCCACUACGACCCCUCCACCCACCACAACCUCUCAACCCACCACGACCCCUUACCCAGCUACGACCGUUCAACCCACCACGACCCCUCCUUCCAUCACCACUGCUCAACCCAUCACAACCCCUUACCCAACCACGACCCCUCAACCCACCACGACUCGUUACCCAGCUACGACACCUCAACCCACCACGACCCCUCAACCCACCUUGACCCCUUACCCAGGUACGACCCCUCAACCCACCACAACCCCUCACCCCAUCACCACCCAUUACCCAACCACGACCCCUCACCCCACCACGACCCCUCACCCCAUCACCACUCCUUACCCUGCCAUGACCCCUCACCUCACCACCACUACUCACCCCACCGUGACUCCUGACCCCACCUCAACUCCUAUAGUCACUGUCAAGUCCCUUCUAACUUCCAUGGGAACAGAACUUCCCUUGUCCUCUCAAGCACCAACAGUCAAGCCCAGCCCACAGCCCCGGUUGACCUUCACUGGGGCCCCUCACCCCUCCACGUCCCAGAUGUGGAGCCUAGAGACCUCUCCAGCCUCAGAGUCCAGCCCCUCCAGGCCGUCUCCAGCCCCAAGCACGGACACACUGUCCACGGAGAACUUCCAGCCACCCACAAGCCAGAGCCCUAAACUCACCUCUCCACCUAGGCCGACUCCACGCUCGGCCUCUGACCCCACUGUGACCCCUGACCUCCACCUGUCCCCUAUAGCCCACCCCUUGGAUCAACCUCGCCCUGACCGCCAAAUCCUAGGGCCAACUCCUAGUCAGAGCCCAGGCCCCCUUGGCCCGUGUGAGGCCCCAGUGCCACCUGUAAGGGUCAUGGCUUGUGAGCCACCUGCCCUGGUAGAGCUGGUGGCCGCUGUGAGGGAUGUGGGUAGCCAGCUGCAGAGGCUGGCCCAGGCCCUGGAGCGGGACCAGCAGGAGCGCCAGGCGCUGGGACUGGGGUUGACCCAGCUCGUGGAGGCUGCCCAGGGUCUGGGGCAGCUGGGCGAGGUUGUAAAGAGACUGGCGGAGGUGGCCUGGCCUCCCAGCACACCAGCCCCAACCACUACCACCCCAGAGGAGGAAGAGAGGCCUCUGCGGGGAGAUGUGUGACCUUAUCUGGGGUCCCAGGGACUUAAGCCACUCCCAAACCAAAAUGU